AUGAAUGCUGGCGAACUGGGACGAGGUGCACAUACAAUGAUCAGCCUGUCAAACGGGGUCGUCCACGAAAACAGUAAGACUGACGAUUCCGGGGAGGCUAUAUGGCCCUCUCCGCUAAUAUCGCUUUUCAGGAGUCGGCAUACAGCACGAGCUGAAAGACUUGUGGAACUGGAUGUUGCCUUGUGGCCCAAUCAACAGUCCGAAAUAUAUAGGUCCCACGCAAUUUCUCAACAUGUGCAAGAUCCUGUUCCAGAAGCAGCUAUAGUAGACGUCGAUGUUCCGGACACAGCUUCGCCGCAUCCAUCCCCAGCAUCUCCGUCGGAAGCAGGUCUUGAAAGAGAUCUUACAGAAGGCGAGAUAUUUCUGCCAGUUGAUCUGCCACCCACAAGCCAUGAUCUCGUCGAGAACGCAGCCAAUCACUCCCUGACGGAUGAACUACUAUGUACAAUGGAGAUGCAGUCAGGUGUGGACAUUUGGAGCAGUGUCCAUGAGUUCUUCAACACGAUGUACAUCAUUUUUCCUAUUUUGUCCUACGCUGAUGUCGCUUCGCGUCUCAUCGAAACGCCGGAUUGGUUUGCUGUCCCCGAUUUUCGCACCUUGCUACUAUCUCUACGGCUGCUGAAUGCUUGUGGGCAAUUUCGAAUGGACUCAAAGAACGAAACGUUCUUCCGCCAUCUCAUCAACCAAGUGGAAGUAUCACGACAAGACCAUGAUUUUGCAGACCCGGCCACUCUCGAUGCAGUGGUUUGUUCUUUGUUUCUUUUCACCGCAUAUAAUGUUCUUGAGAAACACGGCCGUGCUUUCCUCUAUUUAGAUGAAGCAGCUUCCCUCUUGGAGGCAGUGAUGCCUUGCGAUGAAAGAGGCAAGCAGCGAAAGCUUCGCCUCCAGCAAGUUCUGUUCAACACCGAGGCUGCCACACUCAAGAUAUAUGGGAGCGCAAGCAGCCGACGCAGAGUAUGCCGACCACCUCUCAACGUCGGCAUCGCUUCAGCAACAGAAGACGGAGUCGGGAUCGGCUUGGACUCCGUCAAAGUCGCAGCGCAUCUGCUCAGGCGACUCACGGAAAUCAAUCUUGCCGAAGACGCGGAUGCACUUCAAAGAAUCGACGUCGAAUCCGAAGCAGAUGUCGAAAUUUUAUGCGGCAACGUUCUCCGACAACACCGUUACUCUCGAAUCCAAGCAGCUGAUGUCGUCCUUACUCGGCAAUGGCAACUGUCGUCAAAAUUCCUCGCCACUCGUAGCUGCGGACUCUCCCUGGAACACCCAACAUGGUCGGCAAUUGAGCAUCUCGGACACGUUGCGAUGGCAUGGGUUUGUGUACUUCGAGAGGGUGAGCUGCGGAUAGUAGGUUUGGGAAAGCUGGCUGGACUAGCCCAUAAUCUCUACAACUUGGCUGGACCCAUGAGAUGUCGGUUCGUCCUGGGUGGCCUCGCUGGAGCUGUCAGCAAGGAAGAUCACGACAGACGGUAUGCACCUGCACUCGCUAAGAUACUCGUCCCCAUCAUGUCGGCAAUUCCAGCAGUGAUCAGUCCCCCGAAUGACUGCGAAUCCCUGCAAAGCAUGCCAAGUGCACAAUUUGCGACUCAUACAGUUCAGGAAAUGCUUGAGCCUAGCUGGAACCCUCGGUCACAGGGCGAGAAGAAUCCAGAUGCGGGUCUCUCGGUUGGCAGUGUCGCAAAUGACCGAGAAGAAGCAGAAUUUGAGCGUUUUAUUGAUCUAUCCGGAGUCACGUACAACAUCACCAAUGAUACUUGA